AUGAAACGAAAAUCUCAAAAGUCAGAUGAAACUUCUACUAAUAUUACUAAAACAUGUGAUCGUUCUUUUUGGUUAAUGAAAGCUGAACCAGAAACUCGUAUUGUACGGGGUGUUGAUGUAAAAUUUACUAUUGAUGAUUUAGAAAAAUGUAAAAUUUCAACAUGGGAUGGAGUAAGAAAUCACCUGGCAAAGAAGUAUAUGUCAUCUAUGAAAGUAGAUGAUUUAGCAUUUAUGUAUCAGUCAAAUUGUAAAAAUCCAGGAGUAACUGGUAUUAUGAGGAUUGUACGAUCUAAAUAUCAAGAUCCAAGUGCUUCUGAUCCAGCUCAUCCAUAUUAUGAUGAAAAAGUAGGAAAAGGUAUAAGAGAAAAUAAAUGGGUUGCUGUUGAUGUUGAAUUUGUUGAGAAAUUUAAAAAUAUAGUUUUAUUAAAAGAUAUAAAAUCAAAUAUAUUAUUAUCAAAUAUGGCACUGUUAAAGCAAAGUCGACUAUCUGUAUCUCCAGUUUCAAAGGAAGAAUGGGAUACAAUUAUUAAAAUGACAAAAAAAAAUGAAUUAAAACAAUAA